UAGGCCUUGCCACGGAUGGAUUUAAUCCAUUCAAUAAUAUGAGUAAACCUUAUAGUAUGUGGCCUGUGGUGGUUGUUCCAUAUAAUUUGCCGCCUUGGAGAUGUAUGAAAAAAGAAUUUUCCAUUAUGACAUUGCUAAUCCCAGGUGAUAAAGCACCUGGAAGAGAAAUCGAUGUGUAUUUACGAUCGUUAAUUGAUGAGUUGAAAGAAUUAUGGGAAAAUGGUGUGCCGACAUAUGAUAAGGCUACUAAUUAUGUGUUUAACUUACGUGCGGCAUUGAUGUGGACAAUCAAUGAUUUUCCAGCUUACGCAAAUCUAUCGGGAUGGGGCACUAAGGGCUAUAAUGCAUGCCCUGUUUGUAAUGAGGACGGAACAUCAGAAAGGUUCAGCGACAAGAUUUGUUACAUGGGACAUCGACGGUGGCUACCUUGGAAUCAUGCAUGGCGGGAUAACAAAGACUCUUUUGAUGGGAGAACUGAAUAUCGUGCUAGACCUCGGGAGUUCUCAGGGGAAGAGAUUUUAGCACAAGUUGCUAAUUUAAAUUUUGGUCGGAUGGGUAAACAUGACAACAAUCCGGACAAGAAAAUGAAGAAAACGCCUGAGCAUCGAAAUUUGUCGAAAAAAAGUGUGUUCUUCGAGUUGGAGUAUUGGUCAAAGUUGAAAAUCAGGCAUAACUUAGAUGUGAUGCACAUCGAGAAGAAUGUUUCUGAUAGUGUUGUUGGAACAAUACUGGACCUAGAAGGAAAAUCUAAAGACACGCACAAAGCUCGCAAUGAUUUGAUGAACUUGGGCAUAAAAGAAAAUUUGUGGUUAGAGUGGGACGGGAGUAAGUGGAAUAAAGGUCACCCGUUUUAUACCGUGGAACCAAAGUUCCAAAAAGAAUUCCUUGAGUUUUUGAAAUGGGUAAAGUACCCAGAUGGAUAUGCAGCCAGUAUCUCUCGAAAUGUGAAAGUCGGUGAGAAAAAGAUUUCCAGAUUGAAGAGUCAUGAUUGCCACGUGUUAUUGCAGCGACUUAUUCCCGUGGGUAUUCGAAAAUUUUUGCCGGAAAAUGUGGUUGAACCGAUCAUUGAAUUAUCGAGCUUCUUUCAGCAAAUAUGUGCCAAAACGUUGUGUAUGGUAGACUUGGAAAGGCUGAAAGAAAAUAUUGUGUACAUAUUGUGCAAGCUUGAACAAAUAUUUCCCCCUGCAUUCUUUGAUGUAAUGAUUCACGUCAUGAUCCACUUAGUAGAUGAAGCGAUACUUGCUGGGCCUGUUAAUUUUCGGUGGAUGUACCCUAUAGAAAGACUAUUGGGAAGGUAUAAACGCUAUGUGCAGAACAAAGCACGUCCUGAGGGAUCUAUUACAGCGGUAUACCUUUCAAAUGAAUCCCUCACUUUUUGUGGGAUGUAUCUCCGUAAUGUUGAAAGUUCUUUUAAUCGACGUGAACGAAAUAUUGAUGGUGGCGUGCAACUAGAGAAGCUUUCUGUAUUUGCUCAAAUUGCAAAACCGUUUAUGGGUAGUUCAAGUGUUGAAUUUACUAGUGCUGACAUGAAGAUAGAUGAGUGGUUUAUAUUCAACAAUUGUGACGAGGUGACACCAUUCCUUGAGGAACAUGAGGAAAUAAUAAAGCGUGAAAGUAGUUCAAACGUGGAGCAAAGACACAAAGAUAAGUUUCCUUCUUGGUUUCGUGAACAUAUGAGGAGCUUGGGAAAGGAAAAGUCACCUUUAUAUAAUGAUGACUUGUUUGAGUUAGCGAGAGGUGCUGUGCGAGCUGAAACAUAUCAAGGUUGUGUUGUGAAUGGGGUUAAGUUUGUAGUUGCCGAACGAGAUGAUAGAUUAAUCACUCAGAAUAGUGGGGUGUAUGUGCCUGGAGAUGUCGAUACUGGAGAACUAGAAUUUUAUGGAAAGUUGACUAGUGUCAUUGAAUUGUUAUAUAGACAGGGGUAUAAAGUGGUGUUAUUUAAGUGCCACUGGUUCAAUACAGACCCUUCUAGACGAGGGAGUAUAAAGCGCGACUACCACUUAAUAUCAGUCAACACAAACAUUCGUUGGUAUGAUAAUGAUCCUUAUAUUCUUGCCACUCAAGCGAAGCAAGUGUUUUAUGUGGCUGAUCCUAAGGCAGGUACUGGUUGGAAAGUAAUUCAAAGAAUUCAACAUAGAAAUGUAUGGGAUAUUCUGGAAAAGGGGAACUCUGAGGGUGAUAAUAGUGAUGAUGAUGUGACAUACCAAGAGAACUCUUCAUCAGACAUUCCUGAUAUGGCACAAGUACAACACAUUGAUGAAACUCUGACUUCGUACUGCUUGGAAAAUGUUCAUCCAGUUGCAGUUGAGAUUGACUCCAUCAUUAUAGAUCUUGGGGCUCUUCCUAGAAUUGAUGAAAAUGAAUUCAUUUACAAUUAUAAUGAAGAAAGUAGUAUAGAUACUGAUGACUACAUAAGCAAUGAGGAAAAUAGUAGUCAUGGUGAUGAUAGUUCAAGCAGUACUAUUGAUGACGAUAGUGAUCUAGAUUAUUAG